GCUCUAUGUGUGGGGUACUUACAGCGUAUUCCGUAAAUAGUUCCAUGAGAAUCUAGUCAAUAUACCAGCCAAGUUCCUUGCACACUACGACGUACUUAAAACUUCUCAGGAUCCCCUGUGGCUUUGGCAAGCUCUACUUUACAGACAAUCACGAUGGGAAAGAAGCGGGUUCUCGUUGGUUAUGGUGUCGAUAUAGACGCCGUUGCCGGCUGGCUAGGCUCAUAUGGCGGUGAAGAUAGCAGCAACGACAUAAGUCGAGGUAUCUGGGCAGGCACCAUUGGAACGCGUAGACUGCUCAAACUCUUUGAGAAGUACAAUAUCAAGGCAACAUGGUUCAUUCCCGGCCACACGCUUGAAUCAUUCCCCGAGGAAUGCUCCAUGGUGCGUGAUGCAGGCCACGAGAUUGGGCUGCAUGGCUACUCCCAUGAGAACCCCACGGAUAUGACGCUCGAGCAGCAGCGAGACGUGCUUACCAAGACAUAUCGUCUCAUCACAGAUUUCUGCGGUAAACCACCACGAGGUACUGUUGCUCCGUGGUGGGAAACGAGCAAGGAGGGCGCGGAGCUGCUUUUAGAGUAUGGGAUUGAGUAUGACCAUUCAAUGUCGCAUCAUGAUUGUCAGAUGUAUUGGCUUCCUGCGGAGGCCAAGUGGACCAACAUUGAUUACACAAAGAAAGUGGAGGAGUGGAUGAAGCCGCUCAGUAUAGGAUCGCCGACGGGCUUAGUAGAGAUACCGGGAAAUUGGUAUCUGGAUGAUUUGCCGCCCAUGAUGUUUAUAAAGAAUGCACCGAAUAGCCAUGGAUGGGUAAACCCAAGGGAUGUGGAAGAUAUUUGGAAGGACCAUUUUGACUACUUUUAUCGGGAGUAUGAUGAAUUUAUCUUUCCAAUGACAAUCCAUCCGGAUGUUUCCGGGCGCCCUCAUGUAUUGCUUAUGCAUGAACGAUUAAUUGAAUAUAUUAACAAGCAUGAUGGUGUUGAGUGGGUGACAUUUGAGCAAAUGGCAGAUGAUUUUAAAAGUAAGAACACCCCUCCUGCAGGAGCCUUGAUGCCGAGGUCGCCCAAGGAUGUGCUGCAGAGGAUGUCAGGAUCCUGAUUUAUAAUAUACAUUGCUUGAAACAUUCUUGCGGGAAUUGGUCUGGCUCCUUUAAGAAUAUGAGAGAUAGUUGGGAGUGAAUUAGCUUUGAGGGAAGUGGAGAUUGUAGAAGGAUUUCUGUUCAAGACACGUUGUGUUUAACAGACGAAUUGUUUGUCAACAAGUCGCAGAUGUAGUUAUAUAUUCUUACAGCCUCAAACCCUAA